CGUCUGCAGAUGUGUGGACACACUGAAGUGAAUCUGUGGAGAAGUGAAGUACAUAUUUCCUCAUAGGAAAAUUUGGCUCGCGGAAGAAUACGGAGAAUAUGCCACUAUAAAGCGAAGCCGGGGGCGAUCGAAAAAGAAGAAGACGUAUCUGGACAAAGAGCCACGGGAUGGCACAACAAGAAGAACCUCUAUAUGACUUCCCCGAGCCCACCAAGUCAUCACAUCAGAAGCUCCUGGGGCUUCAAAGGGGAAGAGGUUCCCUGAGAAGCAUCAGCGUCCUGGACCGCCUCCUGCUCACCGGCCCUGUCUGGCUCCAGCUGUCAAUCAACCCUGCUACUGCCCUGCACAUACUGCAGAGGGAGCCUCCUGGGACAUUCCUGGUGCGAAAGUCUCGCACAUCGCAGAGAAACGUGCUGUGCAUACGUCUGACGGAUGAUAGUGUGCCUUCCUUUGUCCAGCAGUUUGGCAUCAGGGAGGAACUGUCCACUCUGACUCUGGAAACGUCAGCAAUCAGCUUCCCAGAUCUCCCAAGACUCAUUUCUUUCUACUGUGUCAGCAGAGAUGUACUGCCGUUCCCCUUGGAGCUUCCCGAAGCAAUUGCAAAAGCCACCUCUCACAAAGAGCUGGAGUCCAUCUCACACAUGGGAAUAGAAUUUUGGAGUUCCCAUCUAAAUGUCCGUGGACCGCGGGAGGCACCAAAGUCCCAGAUUGACAAAGAGAAGAAGCCCGACGCUGUGACGCCAGCCACACCUGCUGCUGCUGCUCCAACCACAAGCUCUGAUUCAGCUCCACAGCCCAACUCAGAUCACCAGCUCACGACAGAACCCGAGUCAGACACAAAUGGCCAACAGUUGGGUUCCAAACCCACCCUGUUCCACGAGUUCUGUCCAAUCACAACACGCAGUCCCAGAGAGUUGGACUGUGGCUCCGGCCUGGGCGCUCUUUGCUUCAUCAACCCCCUUUUCCUACAGUCUCAGACUGUAUUGUCCAGACGGAACCUGUUAAAACGUAGCCUCAAGAUUCGAGUUUCCACUGAGACAUUGACCCCGCUGUCGCCUCCUCUUGCUCCGCCACCUCCGCCGCCUUUAAAGCCCAAAACUAAAGGGAAAUGUAAAGCUCAGAAACAGGGACAAGGAGAUGCCAAGCCCAGUAAAGUCUUAAUUCCUUUACAGGAUGGGAACCAAGCCACAGCACCAGACACCCAGACUUCGAUACAAAGACAGGAGGAUCCCGAUGAGGCCCAGAUUCAGCCUCCUUCAGCAGCUCCUCAAGACCAGGUGCAGGAGCAGGUCCAAGGUCAAGUGGAUUUAGAGGAGGCUGCAGUUACACUACCAAAAAUAAUGGAGCAUCAUCCUGAAGAGUCAGAGUACAUGCAGCCUUCUCCAGGGAUCAAUUCCUCCCUUCCUCGCUCACUUUCUCCUUACCUCUCCCCAGCUGUUGCUCCCCUGGCACCUCCUCCUAACCCCACAGGAUUUAUACCCAUCUCUCCUGGUGCUUUAGCCUCUCUCUCCCCUUAUCAAUCCCCUUCUGUUUCUCCCAGACCCCCCUUUUCUCUCUCUCCACAUGACUCACCCUGUGCCUCACCCUCUCUCUCACCAUACCAGUCCCCGUCCGUUUCUCCCAAAGUCCCCUUUUCUCUCUCUCCGCGCGCCUCACCCUCUCCCUCACCGUAUCAGUCCCCGUCUGUUUCUCCGAAGCUGCCCGUCUUUAUGUCACCAUUCACUUCCUCACCCCCACCUCAGCUGGCAGAGCAGGUUUAUGACACACCGGCUCUCCCCUUAAAAGCCAAUCAGAGAUCACAGAGAGAUGCAGAGGAAGAGGAGGAGGGAGGCACUGCGGGUGCAAAGCAGGAUGAAGAUUGUGAAACAAAUGCAAAGGGAGAGGAGGAGGAGGAGGAACAGAGACUGGUUUUAAAGAUGAAAGGUACUUCUCUAAAUGACACGGACAGCAGCAGUUCCUUCAGCAGUCUUGAGGGGGCAGCAGAGACUCCACCUCCCUCACCCCAUGACAUGACUGUCCCUAAAUGAAAUAAUGCCAUAUCAUGAAGCACUGUAUACAAUAAGUGUUUAUACAUCGACAGCAUCUCAGGCACGUAUGAUGGUUUUCAAGAGCUGAUCUAUGCUCAAUUUUUCCUUAAUAAUUCCCAUCAUGCUCUAUUGCCAGUUUCCUAACCACGCAAUAAAACGUGACAGUGUUCAAAAACGUUAUAUGUAAACAUUAAACAGUGUUGUUGAGUU